AUGUUCGCCGAGAUGAACCGCAGGACCUUGGCGUUCCGGGGGGGCGGCCUGGUCAGCGCGGCCGCCGCCGCCGCCGUUGCGGGAGGCGGCGUCCCGACGGCUAACGGGGGCGGCGGCGGCGGCGCGAGCGAGGCCUGGGUCCGCCAGGAGGCCGAGCAGCUGAACGGCCAGGGGGUGGAGGAGGAAGUGGAGCUGGAGACGGUGGAGUUCGAUGUGCCUGAGCUGGAGGCCACGGACGCCGCCGGGAAGGACCUCCUGCUCUUGCCCACCACUCCUCCGAACUCGGUGGGCGCCGACGCGCCGGUCGCUGCCGCCCCGGUGGGCCCCAUGUUCGCCGAGAGGAACCGCCGGACCUUGGCCUUCCGCGGCGGGGGCUCGGCGUCGGCGAACAAUGGCUGCGAGGGGGCGGCCUGGCCGCGGCGGCCGUUGAACGGGCGGGGGGCCGGCGGCGGCGGCGAGGAGGAGGACCUGGAGCUCGUGGGCGUGCUGGAGGGGAAAGACCUGGUGCAGGACGGGGGGUCGCUGAGCGACAGCAGCGAGGACGAGGAGGACGGCGAGGGGGGCAGCCUGGGCGAUGGCAGCGGCGCCGAGGGCGGCAGCUGCAGCAGCAGCAGGCGGUCCGGGGGAGACGAGGCGGAGGUCAGCAGCGUGGGCGCGGGGGAGGGGGAAAGCAUCCAGCACUUCCCGCUGGCGGCCCGGCCCAAGUCCCUUCUGCAGAAGCUGCACGUCUCCUUCCAGAGCGCCUGGCUCAAGGAGUUCCCGUGGCUGCAGUACUGCCAGCAGACCGGACUCGUGUCCUGUGCCUGGUGCGCCGCCGCCGCCUCCACGAACACCUCCGCGGACGGCGGCAGCAACGGCGGCGGAGGGCACGACGAGCUCUGCAAGGGCACUCGCAACUACAAGCGCGCCCUGCUUCUCAGGCACCACAUCUCCACCGAGCACCGCCUCAACGAGCCUGUCACUGCUGAGCAGGUCAGUAGAAUCAGGGCAGGGGGGCGGCGGCUGAUGUGGGGGUCAGGGCUGGGGGGGGCAUCUCUCCUUUGGGGAGUCUCGUGCGAGGCAGCGUGCCCACGUGUGCGAGCUGCUUUAAAUGGAUUCUCCUCUCCCCUAUAGCCUGGGUUUGAGGGCACAUUGUACUCUGUUCACCUUCUGUCUCCAGUAAGCAGAUUAUUCUGCCUUCUGUUUUCAAGCUGACUUGUCUGUUAGUUUUGUUUAGAAGCUUUACCGACUGCCACAUAACCUUUUAACAUUGUGAGCUGCCAUAAUAUUUACCUUGUAUAAUAGCUUCCUGUAUGGUAAUUACUUGUUUCUCCAAUCUAUUUCUCCAAUGUAAAAGAUGGGGAAGACACAAGUAAGGUUUUCCUGGCAGGCAGUAACCUCUGCAGUUGAUCCCUGUGCAAAUGUAAAGUGCACAUUUGUCUUUGUACCACCACAUAGGCCCUGGAUCAAGGUGCAUAUAUGAUGCUUUAACACAGAGCGCCCUAUGCUUCAAAAACACAAAUAACAACAGUUGGAAAAAUCUGUAAAUAAUACUGAAAUUUAUUUAUUGCACUAUAUCCCACCUUUAUCUCCAAGGAGCUCAAUAUGAUGUACAUUGUUCUUUCUGUCCUCAUUUAAUCCCCACAACAACCCUGUGAAGUAGGUUAGGCUGAGAGGCAGUGACUGGCUCAUGGUCACUUAGUGAGCUUCAUGGCAGAGUGGGGAUUUGAACCCUGGCCCCCAGAUCCUAUUGUAACACUGACCACUACACCACACUAGGUCUAAUUGGCUGAAAUGAAACUUUGAAGAGUUCUUAGAAUUUUGUGAAAGGUGUAAUUUUCCCCCACACAAAGACAGCAGAUAGUUUAUAAAUAGUUCUGAAGGAUGCUUUGAGUGGCUUUCAUUAUCUUCAGUGCAAUGGUUAUGUGUAGAAUAUUGAUGAAACCAAGUGAGUUGCGUAGAAGCUUUUGUGCAGGUUUGCAAUAUUACAUUAGUUGCUUAGCCUACUCCAAUAGGAAUAUUCUGUAUUCCUAGAUACUAUCAAACUUUAGAAAUUCCCUCAGCUUUCCAGAUGUAAACCUGAUACUGAAAUUAGUUGCACAUGACACUUUUGCAUCUGCAAACCUGGAUAUAGAUGAUUAAAUAUCUACAUAGUAUGUUUAGUUCUACAUUUAUUAAAAUAGUGGUGAAGUAGAAUUUUUUACAUUUCUAGGAAUUCAGAAUAGCGUUUCUAGUUUCAUAAAAAUAAUUUAAGAUUGGUUAGGAGAAUCAGCUAAGGGAUAUGUGAAUGAAACAGAUGCCCAUGUACAUCUGAAUCAUGCGGUCAUCUGAUGGUUGUGCACAUUCAAAGUCCCGUUAUUAGAUGGGACUGGAGCUAGCUUAUGGCUAGUGACUUGGCCUAAGGCAAGGGUAGGAGCCCCGGGGCCUCCAGAUUUUGUUGCUCCCAGUCAGUAUGACUAGUAGAAUGGAAGUUAAACAGCCCAGCAAUCAAUGUCUGAGGGCCACAGGUCUUCCAUUCCUGGCAUAAGACAGCACAAGGAUCUUCAUAACUGAGAAACUGAAAUUGGCCAUGUGGAAGACAGUGUUCAAAGUUAUGGCAGUUCCCCUAAAACUUGCGUGCAUAUUACAGAAUAUAUGUAACCACAACACAGUCUUUUCCCACCAUUCCAUGUCUUGGUGUGAGUGUGCCUCUUACCUCAUUUGGGUUAGUAGGGCAGUACUAGAGAGGCUGGAAUGGGUAUAGGGCCUGUGCAUAGGCAGGCUCCAAAACAUUCUCAUCUGGGGGGCCCAUAUAUAGACUUUCACCCUAAGCAUGGUAGGCCAGCACCUCCCCCCCCAAAAAAAAAUCACUGGUAUGUUCUUGCCUCCUUGCCAGAACCAGUGAGUGCUGGACAGAUGAGCUGCAUCUGACCUUUAUCAACACACUCCUGCCUCUUCUCUUCUGGACCAAUUGCAAUUGAAGAGGGAGCUGGGGAAUGGGCAGCACAUUACCUGUUGUUGACAGGUGCUGGGUAUGGAGGUGGUUGUUGUGUCUGCCCCCCCCCCCCCACCAUUGGUGGAGGGAUGGGAGGGAGAAAUAGAGGAAGCAAUACUGGCAGUUCCUUUACAACUCCAGUCUCAGGAUUAGGGCAGGGAAAUCUCUGUACAGGUGCCUAGGAGGUAAUUUAUGAAGCAGAAUGUAGACACCUCUGCUUUCCUGAGCUUGGAGCUGGAAAUAAGGAUUGUUUUUACUGUGUUUGGGCUUUGUUUUUGAAGGUGCUUGCCUCAGAACAGUACAAUAUUUGGUACUUAAGGGGCAAGGUCAUAGUAAUGAUGAUUGGCUUUGAAGGCCAGCUUAAAUUUGUGACCUUCUCUAUUGACUUCUGUCUUCGUGUGCUACAUGUUCCUACUGCUUUUAGCAUGGAUAGUCACUUAGGCUUUAAGCACUAUUGAAUAAAUGCCUUUUCAAUUUUAUAAACUUCUAGGAUUUCCUGCUUGAAACUUUUGUGCUGGAAAAAGGACAGUAUGCCUUUCAAACACCCAGAGCUUGGUUUGGUGCUUUCUAUGCACUGUGCAUCUUUUCAGUCUUUUAACUAUAAAAUUCUUCCCUGUGAUUAAAGGAAAGGAAAUAUUCACUGGUGGCUGUAUUUGUAUCAACCUGCUGAAAAACAGCUGAAAAACUGUUUCUCAUCUGUAGCAGUACUGAUCUUAAUGAAUAGAGUGUUGGAGACUAGUGAAAGCAAUGUGUCCUACAGAGUAUGUCCUUAAACAUUAGCAUUUCAAUAGUUAACAUAUUCUAAUUUCUUUAUAACAGCUAUUGUAUUUCAGCACUGAGAUAGUGGUGGGUAACAGCUGUAGUUUCAAGUUUACAGGAGUCUCAGAUAUGGGAAGUCAUUGUUCUGAUUCCUUCUAAAUGACUUGAAUACAUUUUGCUUGGGAGAUAUUUUCCAUAAGUCUUAUAUCUCUUUCUUUCUAUUUGAACUUUAGUGGUUAUAUUUUUCUCUGUAGGUAGCAUAUCUGGGAAGCCUAACAAAUAAUUUCCCCCUCAAAGUAAAACAUGAGCAGCUCCAAUUAGUGUAGUUGUUGCUUUCCUUAUUCCAUACUUAAUUAUGUAAAAUGCAGAAGUUUUCCUCAUAGCCAUGCCAGUUGGGCUGAUGGGAGUUGUACUCCAAGGCAUUGUGAGGGCAACAGAUUGAGAAAGCUGGUUUAGACUCAUGCAGUGGAGUAUAUGGGGUAUAAUAGUUUAAAUAGGCACAGGAAGCUGAUCUCUCUUCAGUUUAAGGAUCCCGAAAAUAGAUGUAGGGCGUUAGUCUCCAAAUCUCUUGGGCUUGUGUCUGAAGAUCUGUUUGAGGAUUAGGUUGUUAAGCUAAUUAAAAUCCUCCCGUUUGCACAUCUUAUAUUUCACCUUGCAUUUCACAGACAUUUGAGGGAGCUGCAGUAUAAAAUAGCAAUCUGAAUUUUCUUGUAGAAUGUAUGGAAUCCAUUCACUUGUUUCCCUUUGUCAAAUGUCUAGGUAAAAACUUUGCCUUGUCUAGAAAAGGUGAUGUGUGAUUAUCACAACAGCACAUUACAAAGAAAAUUUUAUUAUGCUUUUUUUGGGGAUGAUUUUCAGUUAUGAGAAGUAAGACAAGUAGGAUUUCUGUUCUCUUUCCAGUGUAGCACUUGGAAAAGCGCAUGGCACACUUCUGCCUGACUAUGUAGGCUUUGUGCUCAGCAGGAGCUAAAGUUCUUUAACUUGAAAACUAAAUGAUCUUCAGCUUCUGUUACUAUCAUCUUUGCUUCUAAAUUUCUAGUGCCUAGGGUUCAUGAAGCUGUGUGUUUAGUUAGCUUAGUGUAAAGAACAGACCCAACCCCUUCCCUGUCCAUGCAUUGUAAACCACUUCAGAAAUCAGACACACAAUAACGAUACUUGUGAAAUUGCUUGGGUGAAAUCCAGGGUUGCAUGGAUGAACUUUCCCUUCCUCCUCUCUAGCCUGCACACACAGCAGCCAUUCCUGCUCUGGAGAAUCCCCAAUUCUGUAUCAGUUUUGUCGGGCUGCAGGGGAGAGAAAGGGUAAGUCCUGUUGCUGUGGGCAGUAUCCAGUGAAGUGGAUUUCUGGCUGUGCAGGAAAACCUCCCUCUCCUUCCCUCCAUGCAUUCUCCAGACCUGUUCUGGAGUAUUGGGGGAACUCCCAGAACACAUUUGGGUGCACAUGGAGAGGAGAAGGAGAGGAAGUUUCAUUGCGCAGCCAGAAAUUCUAUGGCUAAUGAAACUUUGUUGAAUACCACCCUCUGUUUGCAGACUGACAAUUAAAUGUUAACCUUUGGGUGCACUAAACAUAGCUGUGUUUUAUUUUUUUUUUCUAUUCUAUUCUAUUCUAUUCUAUUCUAUUGUCAUCCAUCAUUAAAUAUUUCCGGGCUGGCUUACAAAAAAACCCCUACAAUAUAUAAUAUUUAAAAAUGUCAGUAAUUAAUAAAAUACAGCAAAAAACCCCAACCCCAGUUUUCUAGCCCAAAUAUGACUGAGUCACAAGGCUUGUUAGUGGCUGGAAAGCAGAGGUGUGGUAUAUUUAUACUCUGUGCAUUUCUAAUGAAAUUGUACACCUAUGUUUUAAUAUUUUCUAUUUUUUUAUGUAGAUGUCUUGGCAUACAUAUCUAGAGAGGUGCAGUGGGGUGUAGCUAUCCUGUUUAGCUGAAAUUCUAGGGCUCCAGUCUUGUAAUUUGUCUCUUGGAAGUAAGCACCAUUGAACUUACUGGGACUUGCCUCCAAGACAUGUAUAGGAUUGUGAUGUAAGUAACUGUAUCACAUAUUAAAAAGUUAAAAUGUAAACUGUAGUGGUCAACAGUGUGGUAUAACUACUAACUUCAUAAAUAAAAAAUAGAUUUUUAAAAAAAUUAAAAAUGUGGAAAUCACAGCUGAAGACCAGCGCUGACAUGAAAUUAUUUAUAUUGUUUCUAUAUAAUUGGGUGUGAAGAAAAUAUUUCAAAAUCUGCCAUAGUUUUAAGUGUCAGCUCUUUGCUGGGAAAGAAAAUAAUCCCAUCAGCCUUGUUGACUGUUUACCUUUUUCUUUUUAAAACCUAUGUUGACUUGUGGAUUCUGAAUGAAAAGGAGCAUUUUGUCUUGGAGGGAAAGACUGUACUUAAUAUUUUUCUAUAAAAAGUUGCAACCUAUUCUACCAAUCAGAGUUAGAAAUCCGCCAGGUGCAUUUUGUGACUGGAGCAGGUCUAACUGACCACGUGGAGAUCUCUGGACGCCAGGUUGGCGACUGACAUCUCCAUCUGGCUGGCCUCUCCAGCUUUCUUAAGCAGGUAAACAGAAGAGCUUAUUUAUUGUAUUAAUAUCCCACCUUUUUCUCUAAGGAGUGCAUGGUUUAAACCCUCCCCCCCAGUUAAUCUGUACAACAACCCUGUGAGGUAGCCCUAAGAGGCUGUGACUGGCCAAAGGUCACCCAGUGAGCUUCAUGACUGAGUGGGAAUUUGAAUCCUCGGCUCCCAUGUCUUAGUUCAACACUUUAACCACCACACCCCCCUGGCUUCCUAGGGUACUACUGCUAUGGGGCAGCUAUAUAAAUUAAACAAAAUGUCACUUAGAGAAGGAUCUGAAAUACUUUUUUUGAAGCUUGAAUUUGUUUUAUUCUGAAUUGUUUGAUUUGAUGUUUUAAUGUGUUGUAAACUUUGAAAUUUUUGCUUUAAAAUAUAAAGUGGUAUAGAAAUGAAAGCAAUAAUAAUAAUAAUAAAUUUCAUUGCAUGAAAAAAUGGUACUUAGACAUUCCAUUGUGGCAACUGUAACCUAAAUUUAAGGUGCCAUCUGAAUUUCUAACCCUGCUACCAAUUACAGAUUUGUACCUUGCCUUUCAAUGAUUAAGUUGCAUAAGAAAAGAACAAAUGUAGGUCAACUUGCAGAAGAAAUGAAUAAAUAUAGGUCUUCCAAAGACCAUAGGAUUAAGCAGUAAAUGGUAGCUCAGUGGUUUUAGUUCACUGUUGAUUUUGUCUGCAUGUUAACCUAGUACCACCGCAUUGCCAACGUGGGGAUCCAGGGCACAGCCCUUCAAUGGCUGCGCUCAUUUCUCUCUGGUCGGGGACAGAGGGUGGCGCUUGGGGGGGGGGAGAAACUGUCAUCACGCCACUCCUUAGGAUGUGGAGUGCCGCAGGAUGCGAUACUCUCCCCGAUGCUUUUCAACAUCUUUAUGUGCCCCCUCGCCCAGCUUGUCCGGAGUUUUGGUUUGGGUUGCCAUCACUAUGCUGAUGACACCCAACUCUACCUGUUGAUGGAUGGCCAUCCUGAGUCGACCCCAGACACACUGAUCAAAUGUUUGGAAGCUGUGGUUGGAUGGUUACGUGGGAGCCGGUUGAACCUAAAUCCUUUGAAGACAGAGGUCCUUUGGCUGGGUCGGGACGAUAUGGGAUUGGGGGGCCAACUCCCAUAUCUUUCGGGGGCGCAAUUAGUGCCAGGGCCCUGUUAAGAGUUUGGGUAUAAUCUUUGACACCUCCCUUUCUAUGGAGGCACAGGUUGCAGCUAUAACAAAGGCGGCAUUUUUUCAUCUCCACCAAGCUAAGCGGUUGGCUCCUUACCUCUCUCACCCUGACAUAGCCACUGUGAUCCACGUGACGGUCACCUCCAGGCUUGAUUAUUGUAACUCACUCUACGUGGGGCUUUCCUUGAGACAGACCCAGAAACUCCAGCGGGUGCAGAAUGCCGCAGUGAGACUCCUUAUGGGGUCCUCGCCCCGGAAUCACAUUCACCUGGUGCUAUACCAGCUGCACUGGCUCCCGGUGGAGUACAGGAUCAGGUUUAAGGUGCUGGUUUUAACCUUUAAAGCCCUAUACGGCCUAGAACCAUCAUACCUACGGGACCGCCUCUCCUGGUACAGUCAUACCUCAGGUUGCGAACGUGAUCCAUGCGGGAGGCAUGUUCGCAACCUGCAGCGCCACAUCUGCGUACACGUGUGAUGCGAUUUGGCACUUCUGCGCAUGUGUGUGAUGUCAUUUUUGCGCUUAUGUGCAUGCCCAAGCACCGAAACCUGGAAGUAACCCGUUCUGGUACUUCCCGGUUCACCGCGGUCCACAACCUGCAGCGUUCGUAACCCGAGGUAUGACUGUAUGUCCCAUGGAGGACCUUAUGGUCUUCAAAUAAAAGCAUCUUUGAGAUCCUGGGCCACAGGGAGGUUAGGCUGGCCUCGACCAGAGCCAGGGCUUUUUUGGCCAUGGCCCCAAUCUGGUGGAACAUUCUGUCACAAGAGACUAGGGCCCUGUAGGACUUGACAUCUUUCCGCAGGGCCUGCAAGAUAGAGCUGUUCCGCCAGACCUUUGGCCAAGGCACAGUCUAACCCCCUCUCUCCUUCUGUAAUCCUCAUAGAACCCUAACCCAAUGGUUGCCAUUAAUUUGAUUCUUAAUUGAUUUUAGAAUGUAUGUUAAUUAAUUGGCUGUGUGAUUUUAUGUACACUGUGCUAUUUUUACUUGUUGUUAGCCGCUCUGAGCCCGGCUUCGGCUGGGGAGGGCGGGAUACAAAUAAAAAUGUAUUAUUAUUAUUAUUAUUAUUAUUAUUAUUACUUACUGCUUGCUAGAUUCUUACAAAGAAUUCUGGUAAUGGGCUGUUUUGUGGUAACUGAUCCAAGUUCAGACAUGAGUUGACAAUUUGGGAUGCCCUGAGUGGUCUUCUUGUUACUCACCAUUAGGCUUGCCUGCAUCUUCACUAGUUAGCAUUCAUUAUAGUACAGCAUUAGAGCUGCAGUGGCAUAGUGAUAGUUACUGGUAAUCAUAGCUUGUUGUAAUACAGAGAUUGAGCCAGUUUCUAAUCCUAUUUGGCAGUUGGGCAGCGUUCUGAGCCACUCUUACCACAAGGUAUAGUACGUCCCUUUCCAUGUGCAAUCAAGAUCUGCUACUGCUCUUGUUGCACCCCACAAAUUAGUAAUUGGUAACUAAAUUUCUAGAAAAUACCUUUGGCACAUGAGUUUUUAAAGAAGAAUUGUUUAGCAUGAUACUGCUUUAGGAUCACUUAUUAAAAAGUAUCAUAGAAUUGUAGAGUUGGAAAGGACCCUGAGGAUCAUUGAGUCCAACCCCCUGCAAUGCAGGAAUAUGCCACUGUCCCAUUUGGGGAUAGUUCUUACAUUAAUAGUAACUUUUUUCAGGUGCUAUAUUGACACUGACAUCAGGUCUUACUUGUAUUUUUGUCACAUGUUCUCCAAUAUGUAUACUGAGAUUUUUAAAAAAGAAAUAAGGUAAUCAUCAAGACUUGAAUGAUAAUAGCAAAUGAAUAAUAAAACCACAAAAUAUCUAUUGCUCAAGCAUGGGGCACUUUGGGAACAAGCCAAAGUCAGGUUUUGGUUGCUGAAUCCUGAAUUAAUUGUGCUCCAAUUAACAAAUGCAUUGCUUACAUUGUCAUACGUUUUCAGCUGUAUCCUAUUACCAGCUGUAUCAAGUUAUUAGAUGAUACAGCAGUUACUGUAACUGGGUUCACAUCCCAGCCUCUGGCUUUAUACCCAUAUAUCAACAUGGGUUUGUGUUGCUAGAGCAACCACCAACUUCUGGUGUGUAGAGCUGCUGCACAGGACAGAUUAGGUUGAAAGUGUGCAUGACAAAGGUGAAAUUGAUGUAGCAUUUUGCAGCAACUAACAGUUGCCUUCAGGUGAGUAUCAAAGGUGUAUGUGUGUGCUACUGUUACUCUCCCCACCCCCACCCCCCCGUCCUCUUUCUGCCUAGGAUACAAAGAGUUCUAGUCCCAUUGCUUUUGAGGGAGUGUUAGUUGAUACCCGUAAUUGUGUUAACUGAGAUUAUUGGUUUGGUGGGCAAAGACAGUGGAAUCAUCUAUACUUUUUCUGGGUGUGUAACUUGUGCAAGGAAGAAAGGCACCACUGACUAUUAAUUUGUGGGAUGGAGGAUGAGGGUGUUUUGGCUGAGGGUGAGAGGAACUCCACUUGUGAGGGGGCUCUGCUGUGUCAGUAAACUCUGACUUUGAUCCACAGGAUCAAAAGCUCCAUGGAUCACUUCAAGGGCUUCAUCCUUGGUUACUCUAGCCUGGAGCUAGUAUAGCAAAAAUUAAUUUAAAAACAGCAGCACAUGCGCACCCUGGCUAAUGUGGGUCAGCAGGGCUUUGGAUGUGCCAGUGGAACUGCUGCUCCACUCCUUCCUGGCUCCUUAUUAUAACUGCCUUGUUAAUCAAGAUAUAAAAUUGUCCUAUUUAUAUUUAUAUAAAUAUUUUCCCUUCAAUUUCCCCUUCAAUUUGUUAGAUAUGACUAAGUUGGCAGGCAAUCUAAAAACUCAGCCCAUAAAUUUUGGAGGAAAACUUGUGAAAAACCUUGGGUGCAGAGGGAACAGGGACUAUAUACUUGUUCACUGUGCUAGCUAGGAAUGGAGAGAAUAGGAGGCUGGAAAGAGAUAGGAAAAAAUGCUGUUGAUUAAGAACACCUGGGAAUAUUGCUCUCCCCUUUUAGUAGUUCUGUUAGCUAGCAUAUGUGAGAAUUGCCUUGUUAGUGCAAGUGAAUGAGGCUUACGAGAGGCCCAUUUUGGACUCUUCUUGGUGUUCCUGAUUUGAAUCCAUAGUUCCUGGCUUGGAAGGGAAAUAUUGUAGGCUGUAUCAUGAAUGGCCAAUGGACUUAUGCUGGGACUAUCUAGAAGUGAAGCAGGGAUGAGUAGACACUCCUUGCAGUGUGUGCUUGGCUGAGUUUUAUUUCUAUAGCAAAGGAUUAAUCACCUUAUUUUGAAGUCAUUGAUGAAAAAACUGAGAUAAUGCUCAUCAGAUUGGCAGAUGACACCAAACUUGGAGAGGUAGCUGAUGCUGUUGAAUACAGAAUUGGGAUUCAAUAUGACCUUAGCAGAGUGAAUGGAGAACUGGGCCCAAACCAACAAUGUGAAUUUCAGUAGGGACAAAAGGCAGGCAGAAGCCUAGGUGCCUUGUGGACCACAAGCUUAACAUGAGUCAACAGUGUGAUGCAGCAGCAAAAAAAGGUAAUGAUAUUCUAGGCUGCAUCAACAGAAGUAUAGAGUCCACAUCAAGGCAAGUAAUAGUCCCCUUUAUUCUGCCUUGGUCACACCACACCUGGAAUACCAUGUCCAGUUCUGGGCACCACAGUUUAAGAAGGAUGUUGACAAACUAGAAUGUGCAGAGGAGGGCAGUCAAGAUGAUCAAGGGUUCUGGAAACCAAGUCUUAUGAGGAGCUGUUAAAGGAGUUGAGUAUGUUUAGCCUGGAAGAGGGGAGACUGAGAGGAGAUAUGAUAGCCAUCUUCAAAUAUCUAAAGAGCUGUCACAUGGUGGAAGAUAGAGCAAGAUUUUUUUCUCCUGCUCUGGAGGAGCAAUGGCUUCAAGUUACAAGAAAGGAGAUUCCAACUAAACAUCAGGAAGAACAUUCUGACAGUAAGAGCUGGUGGACUCCCCUUGAGAGGUUGUGGACUCCCCUUUCUUGGAGGCCUUUAAGCAGAGCUUGGAUGGCCAUCUGUCAUGGAUGCUUUAGUUGAGAUUCCUGCAUUGCAGGGGGUUGGACUAGAUGACCCUUGGUGGUCCCUUCCAACUCGUGAUUCUAAGUGCAAUUGCAUUCUUCAGUGAGGGAACAGUGCCUGUUUCUCCUAAGCAGCUGGAAACAGCAUGAGGUUGUAUCCUUAAUAUAGCUUACUUGCUUGUUAUCAAAAAGGCAUUUCUAAUCCAGUUGGUAGUAAAGUUUACCAUAGAGUCAAGAAAUAAUGAGUUGAAAUAGUUGAGAAUCCUUGAUUUGUGUUGGCUGCAUGACACCACUUUUUAAGUGUAUGUUUUGUUGAACUGAACGAUGGGGCGGCAGUGGGCUGAGCACUAAACAAAAUACUUAUUUAAUUGGGAAGUUAGAAAUAAAUAAAAAAAUAGUCUUAUUCAUUUGGAACUUAAAACCAAAAAGUCAGUACUUAGAUGCUAACUUCUUAAUUUCUCCAUUCUCAAUUACAGGAAUCUGAAGUAACAUCGGAAUUGGCUAAUGAGAGAGAUUGUGAUUACAACAUUAGGCCAAAUGAGAACUCUUACUGCUAUCAACUAUUACAAGAACUAAAUGAGCAGAGAAAAAAGGGCAUUCUUUGUGAUGUUCAUAUUGUAGUGAGUGGAAAGGUCUUCAGGGCUCACAAAAACAUCCUGGUUGCAGGCAGCCGUUUCUUCAAGACUCUAUAUUGCUUUACAAACAAAGAAAGCCGUAACCAAACCACUGUUACCUACUUAGAUGUUGUUGCUGUUCAAGGCUUCUCUGUCAUCUUGGACUUCCUAUAUUCUGGCAACCUUGUGCUUACAAGCCAGAAUGCAAUUGAAGUAAUGUCAGUGGCCAGCUACCUUCAAAUGACAGAGGUUGUCCAAUCCUGUCGCAAUUUUAUCAAAGAUGCCUUAAAUAUAAGUAUAAAAUCAGAAGCCCCAGAAGCUGUCGUUGUGGAUUACAAUAGAAGGUCUGUUAGCAGGGAUGGAUUGUCUUCAAGGGAUCAGAAAGUUGCUAGUUUUUGGGCCACACGAAAUCUUACUAACUUGGCAAGCAGUAUAAAAACUGAAAAUGAUGGCUACUGCAUAGAUGAGAGCCAAUCUGAAAAUUACCAAAUGCAUGAUUGGGUCCAGGACAGCUCACCUGAAAUGGCUGAAAAUGAAUCUCAAGGUGAGGGAAAGGUGUUCGUAUGGAAUGAUAUGAGCUCACAGGGACAAUCGCUUCAAGAACCUGGAAAAGCAAGAAGGAAAAACCAAACUGCUAAAAGGUUUGUUUACAAUAUACCACCCAAUAAUGAAGAAACAUUAGAAGAAUGUGCAGCUACUCAAUCAUCGGUCCAAUAUCCAGAAGAUGACUUGCAGUUUAUCAAAGAAGAAGCAGGUAAAUACUAGUAGCAUAGUUUUCCUAAGCACCAUGGUUUGUUAAAUUCAUUGACUUGUCGUAAAUCUGUUUAGAACAACCUCUCACAUGGAGUAAAAUGUGCUGUCUAGGUGUAAACUUGUUCCUCUAUAACACACUUUUCCAAUUUAGGCUAGUUUAAUUUUAAAAUUAGAUUUAUUUUAUUGUAGCAACCGCUUUGUUCUGUGUCUUAGAAGUGAUACAUUUAAGGUAGGGGUGCCAAGGACUCUUAAAUAAUGCUUCCUUUGCUGUGCUGCUCUGAGACACUUGAGCCUUUUAUAAGUAAAAGCGGGAAUGGCAGUUGGUUUUAUAAUUUGAUUUAAAAUGGGCCAACCCUUAAAGCGAGAUGGUGGGGCAAUCUGACUUUUCAGUGCCACAAAAGGUAUAGAUGUUGUUUGCUUCUGAAAGGCUGCUUCCUUUCAUAGUUGCCCACUGCUUCAGCGUUCUUAAGUCACAUAGGUAAUUAUUUUAUAUUGGUUAUUAAAUUUGUCUUUCCAAGAUCACAUAUUUAAGGAGAAAUUACUGGAUAGGCAUCUUAACACCAUUUCUGUGUUUUAAAUUAUAAUAAUGGUGAAGAUUUUGACUUAAUGACAUGACCAAGAUUGUGGAUGCAGCAAUUUUAAAUGUUCUAGCUUUCCAGUCCUAUGUGUUUGCACUUUGUUCUGAAUAGGCUACUAUUUCAUCAUAUGGGUUCCUGGCAUUAUAGCUCCUGACAGGGUUCACAUUACCACCAAAGACCUUUUUAUCUGCUGGGGUGCGGCAGGCUUUUUCUUAAAUAUGUAUUUUUCAUUUUUUCGCCAAUUAAAACCAGUUUCUAAGAAGUAACUUUUGGCUCAUGUUAGAUUGUUCAUUGAUUUGGUGUAUAUUUCUGCAUUAGACCAGUUACUUUCAUGUCCUGCAGAAGAUGGAAGAGUCUGAAACACUCAGGAGUACAUUGUUUUAUAUAACAAUUAUCAGGAAGCAUUUGUUCUUGCCUAGCUUGCAUUUGUCCUUGCACUCUGAUAAUACCUCUUCCUUGUCUGGAUGGAGGAUAUGUUGAGUGUGUUGAAACUAGCCUAUCUUGCAAUGAUCUCUAGAGCUCAUGUGAAAUCUUCCCUGAGCCAGGUUUUUCUGUCUUAGAAAGAGCUUUUAAGGCAAAGCUUUCCAAACUGUCCUGAAACGUUAAGUGUGUUGGCUGCACUGUCAUGCAAAUGCUCCCCGCCCUCCUCCUCGGGCUGGAAAGGGGUUAGUUAACCUCCUGUUUGCUAGUAAAACUGAAUUACUGUGUUACAAAAUGAUGCAUGUCUAAAACGUGUGUCACCAACGUAAAAAGUUUGGAAAGUUCUGUUUUAAGACCUCUUCCUUGCUGGGCUCUGAGAAGGUCUCACACAGGUAGUGAUGGUCGUGUGGGGGCAGUUCUGGGGUCAUUCUGGCUAUAGGCGAUUUUGGCUUUUCUUGUAGUUCCUGGAACCUACCCCCCAUGCAAAUUGUGAGUCAUCUGUACAACACAUUUGCUCAUCUAGUGCUUCUCAGUACACACUCAAAAUAUUUACUCUUCCUAAAUCCUAGGUUGACUUGCCGACUUAACUGUGUGAGUAUAUAUUCAGGUCAUGAUACAAACAGUCCUCAAGAAUGAGACUACAUUCUUCUGUCCCCUUUACGUUGGAGUAUGACCUAUCGGAAUAGUCUAUUAGAACAUCAGUAUCUAUUUGUAUAGCAUCUAUCAGUAGCUAUUUGUAGUAUUGCAACAAACUGGUGUUUAUUUUGCAUGGAAAAAGACUGUUUUGCAUUGCCUGCAAAAUUAACAUAAAAUUAAAUCUACCUGUUUUAAAUUUAGUUAUUCAGGCUGAUGAAAUAUUCAUAGCCAGAAGGGUUCAGUCGGUUUUUUAGUGGAUAGGCAUUUGAUACCCUACCCAUUUUCUAUGGCUGUUACAUGCUGACUUAUUUAUUCAGACUAAACAUGUGCUGAUUUUUAACUUUCUUUUUUUGCAAAAUUUUGCUUUUCUUGUUCUGAAAAUUGCAAAGCUCAUGCAGCUGUGCCUUGAGUGUUCUGUGCAUUUAAAUGUUUAAAUCAUUUUCAUUUGUACAUUCACAUGUACAAUGAUGUAGGUCCUUAAGGGAUUCUGUGAGAUAAUUAAGCAAUUGACAUGUAAGACUGCUUUACAUGUUGCUAUUACUUUUAACUUGAAUAAUCCAUCGUCUUGUACUUUCUUGUUCAGAGAUUAGCUUAAUAUGCAACAUACCAUGGUAAUAUCGGUACCAUCAUUCUUUCCGUGGUAUCAGUCCUUAGAGUAGGUUAAAACGUUUUAAGAUUCCAGAACACAGUCAAAAAUCUAUGAGAAAAUUUAAACAUUUUCCCCACUGGGCCUGCAAACAUUUCCAUAUCGCCACCAAUAGUGACCAUAAACUGAAUUCUGUCAAUGACCACACCUACUGAGGAAAAUAAUGCCUACUAAUCCAGAUUUCCAGCAUGAAAUAUGGAGGUGUAGGUUUAUUUAUUUAUUUAUUUUUUAAAUCAUGUUGAGCACAGGAGACAACUGGUAUUUAGAGGAGGAAUGGGAUCUUGUGUCUCACUUUCAGCUCUGCUUUGGAGAAAGUUUGAAACAGUUUCUUCUACUUUUAGUCUUUGUAUCUGGUGCAAAAUGCGAGAAUGUUCAGGCAGUGGCCAUUCUACGCUUGUUCAGUGCACACAUGCAUUGCUGCAACCCAGAAAUGGCUGGGCAAAGGGGUGGGGUGAGGGGGGGCUUACGUGGAGGGGGGGCAGAAACUCAACCCCUGCACAAAUUGGGGGUUGACAGUAAUUUGUUUUGUUACAGGUGUUAGGUAGCAGUAAGAGAAUUGCAUUCCAUCAGACUUUCUAUACAUCUUAGCGCACAGAGAGAAGAUUCUUCCCAUUCCCCUGAAUUCUUUAGAAGAAGGGAAAUAGCAACAUCUCAUUUUAUAUGUGAUAAACCCACACAUUUCCUUCUGAAGAAAAAUGGGCAGGACAGUGCUGACCUGAAAGCAAGGACUGAUCCACAGCUAAAAUUUCUGGACACCUACUUUUUCUGGUGUUUCUAAACAGGGAUGACCUCUUCUUAAGAAUUAUUAAGCCCUGGCUGGAUAAUUCCUACUAAGAUGUAUUUUUGAAUGAAAACUAAUACAUAAAUUGGAAUCUAAUUCUGUGGUGGAGAGAUGGCAGGGUCAAACCUAUGCAGUUAUAUAUUUGUGUGGAUAUAAUGUUGAAGGAUGGGUUAAAUGAUACGAAGACUUGGAAUAUUUGGACUGUUGGCCUGAUACCAGCUGCUGGUGCGUUAGUGCCAUGUUUAUGGCUAGGAAUGGAUCAUCUUGCUAACUUGGGCUGCAUUGCCAACACUUUUUCUGUGUAAGACUACUGAACCUAUAUUGGCUAGUUCCUGUUUGGGUAAAUAUUCAGUGCUUAGCAAGGAGGUGAUGAUUGUGGUUGCUGUAAUAUGCAGGAUACAGUUUUGUGAAGUUGGCUUUCAGUUUCAAAUGAAUUUUAUUUUUCUAGGGAUCACACUUAGAAUGGGGACUCUGUUACGGAUUUGUCCAGUUUGCUGCCUAACAGGCUUCUUGGCUAAAUUGUUGAAGGCCUUUGUUGAAAGCCACAGUGAUUUCAAUAUGAUAUAGAGGAUUUCAGCAGGCUUGAUGCCUGCCUGCCAUAGCAAACAAGUGUGGUGUUGCAUAUUGCUGAGUUUGUAUUGGAUUUUUCAUUCAUUUAUAUAUAUGGGGGAGUGUCUGGGGAGACAGGGAUGUAAAAUGCCUUUGUUAUAGACAAAAUGCUACCCGGUCAAGAUUUGUAUCUUGGACACAAUUUCCCUUCUGAUGGAAACUUACUAUUCUAAGGAGUUUUUGUUAGCUUUUAUAAAUAAUUUUAGUGGCCUUGUAUCUCAUCUGGUAAGCCUGUGGGACAGUGAAUUUGAUGUAGGAUAUUCACAUGAUUGCACAGAGAUGCUUUCCGCUACAUUUGCAGAUCCAGGCAGCCCAGUGGCUUACAGGGUGCAUACUCAUAGUGAAGCAACAUAGGUGACAACUGGUGUGCAAACUGCAGGUCAUGCACUCCAAAGAGUCAAUUUGAAGACCUGUGGUUUCUUCAUUGCAAGACAAUAAAAUAAAAUAUACUUGAGUAUAAGCCAAAUUUUUCAGCACAUUUUUUAUGCUGAAAAAGCCCCCCUCGGCUUAUACUCGAGUGAGGGUCCUUUCGGGCUGCUCCUUCCUCCUCUGCCUUUGCCGCUGUCGGUGGUGGCGGAAGAGGAACGAGCAGCCCGAAAGCAGCCCUUUCGGGCUGUUUGUUCUUCCUCCGCCGCUGCCAGGUUUGUGGUGUGGUGAACUGGCUUAUACUCGAGUUAUUAAGUUUUCCCAGUUUUUUGUGCUAAAAUUAGGUGCCUCAGCUUAUGUUCGGGUCGGCUUAUAUACGGUAAGUAUUUCUGUCACUGUUGUGGCAGCAAAGUACCAUUUGCUCUAGCUCUUUUAAUUAUUAAAGAAUUGUUGCAGCAAUCUUGGAAAGGCUAAAAUAAAUAUAUUUCAAGUUAGCAGAAACUUUUGAUUUAUACUGUUUGGGUAAAAUCUAGACUUGCAGUGUUAAUCAUUUUUAAAAGUUUAAUCAACUAAAAGUGCCUUAACGAAUCAGCAGCAGAUUUUUUAAAAAAAACUUAAGUCUGUUGAUUUAAGUGGGUCUACUCUUAGUAUAACUAGGUAUCUUGCUUUUAACAGUAUUUUCCCACUUGAUUUGGUUUACCAUUGAAUAGAAGUAUACUCUGUAACUACAGUCAAUCAUAGUCCCCAGACCAGCACCUCAGGAUCCUCAUGCAUGAUUGCCAUUGGAAUGAUAUUGCCAGGAUGAAAGGGUUAAAAUGUUGUUCUUUACUACUACUAUUUCUUCCUGUCCAUACUCUAAAAGAAGCCCAGGGCAGGUAAAAUUAUUCCAGGGUAGCUAAAAAUGGCAGUUACAAGCUUAAAUUGCUGAUAGAAAUAGCCGAGGAAAGCAGAGCUAAUCCAUUAUACAGUAUUGAAUGUUCCUGGAACAGGCCUCAGUUGCCAGAGACAGUGGAAAUCAAACUUGUGGAGCAUUAGCUUUACCAUAGAAUUAUGCUUUCUGCUCAAGAUCUUACUUGUACUGGCCAAUAAGUAAGAAGGUGUAUUCAUGUGCCUGUGGGAGUAAGAGGAUUUCAUAUAUGGUAAGACUUUUAUUGACACUUACUAGUAGCAAUCAGUGUUAGAAACUGAGAUAUGAAAGCUAGGAGCUAAAUGGCACCUUAAAUCUAUUUUAUGGGCGCCAUAACAGAGUGUCUAGGCACACUUUUUUAUAACAAGAAUACAAAGCUGAAAAUGAAUGAACUGCAGAUAAAGUCUUAUGUUCAUUUUUCACAUGGUCUAGUCCUCAUCUGAAGACUGCAAAAAACAAAGCCAUACUUCCCCUACCCGUCCCCCUAAUAUUCUUGUGAGGGUCCCUUCUCCAGUCUUCAGAGAGUGGCUGGAAGUGGGGAGGCAGAAAAAGGUCCUCCUUUCCUUCCAGCAGUGGCAGUUUCAGUCUGACAUCUUAGACGCAGUACUGCACUCAGAGCUCAGAAACUGCUCACAUUAAUGAAAUUCUGUGUUACAAACUGUGCCUAGAGAACAGUGGGAGUUUCGAACACUGGUGGCAAUAUGUUAGGGCAGCAGCAUAUGGAGAGAAGAUGCUCCCAUGCUGCUGUAGUCUGCUGCAUCCUGAUUGGUUCUAGGUACAUUGACUUCUGAGAGCAUUGUGGGAAGCUUACAGUAGCUUGUGGUGCGAGAAGGUAUUUACUAUAGUGAUACUGCUUGGGCUGCAGGUAAUGCGGUUAGAUCCUGAAAUGCAGCUUAUUGGGCUGUGCACAAAUGACCAGGUACUUUAGCUGAAUGCUCAAGUGCACCCCCUUUCCCUUUGCACAUUCUGUACAACCAUUUUAGUAGGUGUGGCUGUUUAGGUCCAAGUUCAUCUGUGGAGGCUGAGUUUCACUUAUCUCCCAGGAUGAAUUAGUUUCAGUUGCAGAUCUACUAUCUGUUUGCUGCUUGGAUUUUCUCUUGAAUGUGGUAGGUGGGAAUGACUGCUGAGGAGCUUUAUUUGAUAGUGUGCCUGUAAUGUAAAACCACAAGUGCUUAGUGUGGUGAGGACUUCAGGAGAGAGUUUCUGUUGUUCCUGCCAUAUUUUAGAUCCUUUUUGAUAGCACCUCUUCUGCUACCAGCUUUGGGGGAGAAAUGUUGGGUAAAUGCAGGUCCUUCCGAAACUGUUACUACUUCCUCACUUGCUACAAUUUUUAUGAGUCUUUAUUUUAUUUGAUUGCCUGUAUGCAACCAGGCAUGCCUUUGGGAGGAAGAUCAGCAUGAAAACGUAACAAAUGAAAAGCUAUAGGGAGUUCUUUGUCCUUGCAACCCUCCCAUAAAAAAUGGAUUGUGGAAAGUCACUUUGGUUUUGUUUUUCAUCAAUCUGUGCUUGCCUGCCACAAUAUUGUGGCAGUACAGGAUGUCAGGCUGUUCCUCUGAACGGGUAAAGAAAUCUGUCUAGCCACUGACAGUGACGUACAGUUUGUUUCACUACCCAUCCACCUUCACCUGUUGCAGGGUUUGUACUCAGGCUUAGCUAAAUGCCAGUGCAUGACCACUGUGCCUGUGCAGCAGUGUACAAGUCUCACAACUUCACAGUGGCUUCUGCCAAAGAUAGAAUUUUUUAAAAAUGUCUUCAUUUAAAAUAAUAUCUACCAUUCUUUACAGGCUACUGUAUAGAUAAAGUAAUCAUGUGUACUUAAUAUUUUUUAUAUAAUUUUCUCCUAUAACAUCUUUCAACAGGUACCUCAAAUGAUUUCAAGUUUGGAAUGUUUCCUGGUAUCUCAAGUGAUUUCAAGUUUGGAUUACCAGGUUCUUCAAACGAUUUCAAGUAUGGCUUGUUGCCUGAAUCCUGGCCAAAAGAAACCUGGGAAAAUGGCAAGUAUUAAGUAUCUAUGCAAUUACUCUUCUUAUAUUUGUGAUUUCUAACUUUCACCAGGAAGCAAAAUAACUGUCUUACUACAGUGGUGCCCUGGGUUACAUACACUUCAGGUUACAGACUCCGCUAACCCAGAAAUAGUACAUUGGGUUAAGAACUUUGCUUCAGGUUGAGAACAGAAAUCGCACAAUGGCGGUGCGGCGGCAGUGGGAGGCCCCAUUAGCUAAAGUGGUGCUUCAGGUUAAGAACAGUUUCAGGUUAAGAACAGACCUCCGGAGCGAAUUAAGUACUUAACCCAAGGUACCACUGUGUUAGCUUUCUCAUAAACUAUUUGCUCAUAGACAGUAUCUAUGAUACUUGGGAACUUUUUUCUGUCUGUUGAUGAACUACAAUGUUGCUUUAAUCUUGUUCUCCAUUUGAAGUCACUAGGUGGCACUGGUGACCACCAGCUCUGAAAUAUGGUCUCUCACAAUAAUAUUUGGGAGUAGUCACUGCUUGCAGAAACAGCUAACACUUGCAGUAAUAAUUGAUUAGCAGUGAAAGAGCAGAUAGAGAUGGCCAGUGGUGAGUAGAAAGGUUUCAGUCUCUGCCCAGACAAGUGAGACAGUGAGGAUGCAGAUCUCCACUUGCUUAUAGGAUCUGAGAUGAAGCAAUGGUAAGCUUGGAGACUACAUGCCUGUGUGUUGUGCCCCUAUGUAUGUGGUAUGCAUGUGUAAUGCUGCUCUCAGGCUGAAUUGGUCAGCCAUGUCUGAUAUACAUAUUCCAUUCAGUUUUUAGGAAGGUGCAGGUAAAGCCCAAGAGAAGAGCAUUGCAUUGGUAUUCUUUCAUCUGAUAUGCAAGCCAGAACUAAAACAGGGUCAACAGAUAUUAUUAAGUCUCCAAGUUCAUAGAAUUGUAGAGUUGGAAGUGACCCUGAGGGUCAUCUAGUCCAACCCCCUGCAAGGCAGGAAUCUUGGCUAAAGCAUCCAUGAGAGAUGGCCAUGCAAUAUUUGCUUAAAAACUUCCAAGGAAGGAGAGUCCACAACCUCUGGAAGGAGUCUGUUCCACUGUCAAAUAGCUCUUACUGUCAGAAAGUUCUUCCUGAUGUUUAGUUGGAAUCCCCUUUCUUGUAACUUGAAGCCAUUAGUUCCAGUGCAGGAGAAAACCUGCUUGUUCACUCUUGUGACAGCCCUUGAGAUAUUUGAAGAUGGCUAUCGUAUCUCCUCCCAGUCUCUUUUCCAGGUUAAACAUACCCAACUCCUUCAACCACUCCUCAUAAGGUUUGGUUUCCAGAACUCUUGAUCAUCUUGAUUCCCCUCCUCUGCACAUUCUAGUUUGUCAACAUCCUUCUUAAAUUGUGGUGCCCAGAACUGGACACAGUAUUCCAGGUGUGGUGUGACCAAGGCAGAAUAAAGUGGGACUAUUACUUGCCUUGAUGUGGACUCUAUACUUCUGUUGAUGCAGCCUAGAAUAGCAUUAGGUUUUUCUUGCUGCUGCAUCACACUGAUGACUCACGUUAAUCUUGUGGUCCACUAAGACCCCUAGAUCCUUUUCACAUGUACUGCUAGUAAGCCAUGUGUCACCCACCUUAUAUUUGUGCACCUGGUUCUUCCUGCCUAAGUGCAUAACCUUACAUUUGUCCCUACUGAAAUUCAUUUUGUUAGUUUCUGCCCAGUUCUCCAACCUGUUGUCAUCUUGAAUCUUGAUUCUGUCUCCAGCAGCAUUAGCUACCCCCUCCGAGUUUGGUGUCAUCUGCAAAUAUGAUGAGCAUCCUUUCAAUUCCUUCAUCCGAGUCAUUUAUAAAGACGUUGAACAACAACAGGCCCAGGACAGAACCCCGUGACACCACACUUGCCCUUUUUUUCCAGGUUCAUAAGUAAUCAUUAAUGAGCACUCUUUGGGUUCAGUCUAUCAACCAGCUAGAAAUUGCCUUAACAGCCCAUUUUACCAUGAUAUUCUGUGCAAGAACAUCAUGGGGGACUUUGUCAGAAAUCAAGAUAUACUAUGUCCAAAGCAUUCCCUUGAUCCAUCAAGCCUGUAACACUCUGUAUAAGAAAAAGAAAUGAGACUCAUCUGGUGUGACUUGUUUUUGAGAAACUCAUACUGACUCUUAGUAAUCAAGUUGGAUAAACUCCAUCUCCAGUGUCACUGAGGCACCAAAAAACAAGUGUUGUUAAUGCAUCCAGAAUUGAUGGUGGACAAAGAGUGCCUGAAGUGUGAAACUCUUCUAUUUAGAGAAGGGGGAAGAAGAGAAGAGGCAAAGGAGCCAGAGAGCUCCAGAGAAACCCAACUUUCUACCUAAGGGUAGAUAUUCAGGCCGAAUUUGAGAUGGUUCUCUUCUCUGGAUAGGUCUUGAAGAUUUUUGACCCUGCCUUCUGACUUACUCCUUUCCCAUCUGCUCUCCUACAGGAAUAAUGAUAAUAAUAACCAACUACAAAAGAUUUCAGUAACAUCUGCAUAUUGGUCAUGAAGCACUUUUUGUGUGUUGCUAUAUUAUCGGUUGAUAUUUGUAUGGUCACCAUGUCUUUUUUCCUGUAUAUGAUUCUUCUGCGUUUAUAGGGCUGUCUUCAACUAGAUGUACUCUGGGAAGACAUGUUGAAUCAGUGGACAUGACCAACUGCUAAGUGUCAAAUUGCUACUUAUUAAAUUUGUUUGUGUUUGGAUUUUUAGGUGACUCUUCUUUAAUCAUGAACAAACUGAAGUGUCCACACUGUAACUACGUAGCCAAAUACAGAAGAACACUAAAGAGACAUUUGCUCAUUCAUACAGGAGUGAGAUCUUUCAGCUGUGACAUUUGUGGAAAGCUAUUUACUCGUAGAGAACAUGUAAAAAGGCAUUCCUUGGUAUGUAACAGCUUUAAAUUACUAUAGUGAACUGUUGAGGAGAGCUUGGUGUGGUGGAUAAUAAUUUUUACUUGUCUAUAAUUCUUCAAUCUAAUGUGUUUAACAGUGUAAUCCUAACCAUAUCUACUCAAAAGCAAGUCCUGUUGAAUUCAGUGGGGCUUACUCCCCAGUAAAUGGGGUUAGGGUUGCAGACUUCUGCCAAUUUCAUGCACAGUUGCAACAUUCACUUUCUGAGACCUUGAACUUUCAGGUCAUUGCCCUGUCAUAAUGUUUUAGAGAGUAGUGUCAUAGGGUUGUCAUGCAGGGCUGGGGAGAGGGAAUUGUCUUUCUUCCUCUGCAGCUCUGGGGCUGGAAGGAAGGCUCAGGCUUGUGUUACUUGUCUAAAACUGUCUGAGCAUUCGCUGUAGUAAGUAAUAUUGGUGCACCCUGGCAAUAAGACAGCUAAGCUGUUCUGCUUGUAAUAAAAUUGUGUUUUAAUUACUUGUAUUUCCAGAAAGUUGCUUUCUGGUUUUGAUACUUUUCUAAAUCACUGCACAGGAAUAGCAUAGUUAAACAUAAACUCUGGAUUCAGUAAGGAAUAAAAGUGUUUUUGUAGUUUAAGUCAGGUAUCUAGUAUAACAAUGACAAUAGCUAUUGUAGUUACAUAGGUGACUCUCAACUUACAUGAGAGUUAUGUUAUGGGGAUGGUACGCAAAGCCAAAAUAAUGUAUAGUCAAGGCACAUUGGGUUCAAAGGUGGGUGAGAUUGCCAAAUUCUUUUCCCCAUAAACUCUCCCUCUUUAAAAUAUUUUUAAAAAAAAAUUCCAGGCACGUAAAGCUGAAUGCUUGAACGUUAAAUGUACGUAAGUUGUGAGUUAACUGUACUACAGAAACACUGGUGUAUUUCUGACGUCUUGUGAAAUUCAACAUUUUGGGUCUACUAUUAAUAGUUCGAGUUCAUGCUUUGAAAGAGUUAAUACAAAAUGUGUGAAACUAUAAUUUGGAUUAAUAGCAGUGGUCAAAGCAAAUUAUGAUUGAUAUGAAACAUAAGUGACUUAUUGACACUGAUUCCUCUUGUGCAGGUUCACAAAAAGGAUAAAAAGUACAAAUGUAUGGUGUGUAAGAAGAUUUUCAUGCUAGCAGCCAGUGUUGGAAUAAGACAUGGAUCUCGACGUUAUGGUGUGUGCGUUGACUGUGCAGAUAAAUCUCAACCAGGAGGGCAAGAAGGAGUAGACCAGGUACAGGACACAGAUUUUCCUAGAGAUGAAGAGUUUGAAGAAAAUGAAGUGGGGGAGGCUGACGAAGAGCUGCCUGAUGAUGUAGAAGAACAGAACGACCAGACUCGAUGGGAUGAAUCUGGGGAAGUCUCUGUGCCUUUAGAAGACUGAGGUGGCUUGAUCUUCUUAAGAUGCUUUAUUUGGACGUCACAUGGAUUGACCAUGUUGAAUUUUUGGACUGAAGGCUUGGAAACAUGGUACAGGCUGGAUGGAAGUUAUGUUGCUGUGAAAAUCGUAGGGUCAAAGCCUUAUAGCAAAAAAAGGAUUAUUAAUUUUUUUAAGAUAUUUGCACAGGACUGUAAAGCAUACAGCCAUUUGGUUGAAUUAUAGAGUCCUCACAUCUACAGUCAAUUAUCAAAAGAAAUGUAUUUUUUAUUAUUUAUAGGAUAUAGCUAUUUGGGUCCUAAUCAAGCAUAGUAAUAACUGUGCUUGUGUUACACAUCCAUGUGUUCUUUAACACGAAUGAAGCAAAUUGCAAUCUUUGGAGUUGACUCCAUUGAGAUUCCAAUCAUAGUUUGGACUGCAUUGUGAACAAAAUGCAGCUAAUUUGGGCUAGCGGCUCAUGUUUCCUGAAAGGGGAUUUUGCUGCACCUCCCUUGCCUUCCCCUCAAUGGUUUAAAUAUCAGCAUCUUGAUGACAUGAAGCUAAGUCUUUUAGUUUUGUCAGGAUGUGGUUUAGCUGACAAGUCCUGGAGAACUUAAUCAUUGAUAUUUAAUUUACUGACUUUCUGGUUUUUGAUAUCUUGAGUUUGCAUAAAGCUACUUUUCACCAAAAAUACAAUAAUGACUUAAAGCUACAAGGAGGAUUGUGAUUGGAAUGAAGUAAAUUUCUCCUUGUCACUUAAAUAACUUUAUAUUAGACACUUUCUGGCAUGGCUACCCAUGUUUUAAUUUAUGUUUUCUUAGCACUAUUCCUAUUGGCUAUCAUUUUUAUUCACUACUGUAUACCUCAGUCCAUCACAAAGCAUAGAGUCCUAGAAUCUGAGGAGUGUCACAGAAGUAAAUGUAAUUGGCUUUUUUUUUUUUGGUUUAAAUAGUUCAACCCAAUUUGUCUGCUUUUGUCUAUUUUUGUUAUGUGGAAAAUUAGACAUGAGGCUGUCAUUUUUCUUUCUUUUUUGUGCCCCAUUGCUCUUCAUUAAAGUGAACACAAAAUGAACUUUUGCUUCUCUCCUAUUUUGGGGGUUCUUUUAUAUACCAAACUACAUUUUAAUUGGCAGCUUAAUUUGCUGGAACUUUUUUUUUUUAAAAAAAUGGUAUUUGUUAGUAUAACUGCUAGAGCUAUUUAUCCCCAAUGCUCUUUGCUUCUGUUUUUGGAUGAGAUAUUGAAACUUGAAUUUUUGUAGCCAUAAAUCUUUUCUAAACUUGUUAUAUUGUACCAAUGAUUUCAGGCCUUUUUCUGAGGGAAGGGAGGGUAUUGCACCUUUUUAUGCUUAGAAUUCUCAAUUUCAACUAGCCUGAAUGCAAGUGAGCUACCUGAAUGCUACCUGCAUUCAAUAUAUUUCUAUGUCACAAUGAAUAAAUAUGCACAGCAUUUACCAUAACACAUAGCUAGGCCAGUGUGAUAGUACUGUAUUAUAUAAGUUGAGGGGUCACCAUAUUUGAGUUUAACUUUAAAAUGAGUAUAUUUUCCUAUUUUAUAUCUGAUAACUAAAUUAUGGUAGUUGUGUGGUAAACUUAAUUGCUUUGACAGAUGGAAUCUUAAUGGUGCUCCAUCUGAUUGAAGUAGAUAUAUAUAUAUAUAUAUUUAAAGAGACGGCUUUAUUAUCCCUUCUUUCAAUACAACAAUGGCUUAAUGUUAGACACUGUUUCUGCAGGAUGAAACAGAGAUUAUAUGGGUAUUAAAAUGUAUAACCUUUUCUAUCCAAAACCUUCAUUGGUAGAAUCCACAUCACUGUAAACCUGACAGAUGGGUAGCUCUUGCGUUUUACUUUUAAAAAAAUGAAUACAUCUUAUUCUCGUUCUAGACUGAAAUGAGUAAUGUGUAAUUCUGGUGGGGUCCAAAGUAGAAAAUAGUGGGCAAAGAUAAUAUGAAUGGGAAGUAUUUUAAACGUUAAGUAAAUGUUCUGCUCUGUGAAUAUGUAAGUUAUAGUAUAAAGAUUCUUCCUCCCCAUUUAUUCCCCUUAAAAUAGUUUACAAUUGGUAGAUCUAUAUAUAUAUAAAAAGAUAUAUAUAUAUAUAUAUAUCCAAAAUCCACCUAAAUCUGCUUUAUUAGCGCAUACUACUCACUUAAUGCUUAAACUGGACCUGGCUUUACAUUCUUAAUGUAUUUUACUUAUUCUCUUGAAACCGAAUCUCCUUUUGCUACUUAAAUCAUUUAUGUAUAUCUGGUAAAUUAUGACCAAAUUUGUUGUUAGAUUGCAUACAGUAAAUUGAAAUAUACACUUGGUACACUACAGAAUUGUUGUGCUUUUUGUUCGGGUUAUAUUUUUUGGACAAAAUUUUACAGUAGACAUAUUUAAACUUAUGUUGGCCUCAGAUUAAUUAUUUGGAUCUUUGGUCAAGUCUUUUAAUAGCGUGUCUCAAAGUGUUGUCUUAUGUUGUUGCUUGUUUCGAAAUACGCUGUCUCUUUAGCAUUGUCAGGAUUAUUUUAUUGGAAUAAGCAGCCAAAACCUGAGCAUCUCAGACCUCUAUGCUAGAAUCUAUAAUUCUCUUGGUCAAGUGAAAUGUUAAUCAAAAAGUCAUUUAGAAUAUGUCUAAUCAUUUGACUUCUGAAAAAGGUUUUCUUACUACUUUUAUAAACCAGCGCAGCAGUUCUCCUCACACUUUUGGUUUUGAAGUCAAUUUUAAUUUUUAAAUUGCUUUCUGGAAAGUGAUUAUACAUUUAGAGUAAGGUACAAAUUCUCCAAAUACUUUUGGCUCUGAUCAUGUAUAGACAUCUUGGUUUAACAAUAGACAAGCUAAACACCUUUCAGUCAUGUAUGUCAUUAGCACUUUUUGUUAGAGAAGUUUGUGUAUCCAGAAAUUCUAUGUGUGUGCUUAAAACAUAACCUGAUGGCCACUUUUUCUAAAAUUUCUAUGCUCUUGUACAUGGUAUUACACUCAAGUCUUGUAUUUCUUUGUCCAUGAUUAUAAGCCAUUUGAAGAAAAUUUCUGAUGGCCACUAAAUGGUGGGUACAUGUAUACAAUUCUUGUUUGUGCUGUUGAAAGAUCAUGUGUAGAAUAUAGUCUAGAACUAGCAUUGCUAAAGGGUGCCAUCCAUGCUCCCCUCCCCUCAGUGCAGUUAUAUGUUAGCACAUGCCACAUAACCAAAGGCCUGGUUAAAACUAACCCUCUACAGCUUCUCUAGAAAAUGAAAGAAUUUGAUUCAGCGUAUAGAUUAAUUCCAUUGAGUACCCUGACGAAAUCUACCCUCUCCAGAGUCAUUUGAAAUUAUUUGCAGAAGAGUUAGUGUCCCAAGAGCUGCAACUCCCCUUUACCCCAUUUUACAUGUUUUCCAGGAACUAUUGUGUGAAGACAACUUGGAUAUCUAACUUUUUGCUUCCUCCCUCUAGAGCAGGGUGUCAUUAAUUUAUCAACUGCUGUCCCUUUGUCUAAGGCAAUUCAGUGUGGAAUCAUAAUCUGGAUGAAGGAGGUUUCUAAUUUUACAAUGGUAAUGGAAGUUCUUACUGCCAAUAAGGAUACAAUGCAGAUUCCAUUUGUUCACUUAGGACUAAUGAAUUCAUAAAACAUUUCCUGUCCACUUGUUGAAUGUUGGUCACUGAAAGGGCUUUAAAAAAUACCUUGAUGCCAUUCUCUGAUUAGCUGAGGAUAUGCUAAUGACUACUUUCUUUCUUUUUAGACUGCGACUGAGGUCUAUUUUUAUUCAUAUCUGAAUAUUCUCUUUGUAAGAAUAUGGCCUAAACAAAAUUUAUCAAGUGGCACAACAUGCAGCUUUUCAAUUUGAGCAAAUCUUCUAGAAAUAAGAGUUAAAGUAACAGCAGAAAAGAAUGACUGCUUCCCAGAGUUAGCUCAUUGAUGCUCUGUUUGCUGUUAAUAUAUUGGAGAAUUUUUUCCAUUUUUCUUUCUGCAGAAUAGAUGCCGUAUCGACUUGAGAUUGCAAACUGUUGAGGUCACAGGACAAGCUGUUAACAUGGCUGUGCAGAAAACUGAAUUCCUUUUCCUUUUCAGCAAUCUGGAUAAUGGGAAAAGACAUGUUAAUUUUGAAACAGCAAUAAAACUCUGCUCAAAAAUCAGUCUUCAUCUUUGACUGCUGACUGCAUAUAUAAAUAUGUAUAAAAUGGUUGAUGAGCAUUUGACUCACUGAAAAGUUUGCUUUUGCAAAAACAACAACAACAACAACAUGCAGUAGUUCUAGC